AGCUAAGCAAUCAUCAAGCUGUUAUCGAAAGAAGAUUUAUGUUUUUUCCCCUUAGGAUCUCAGAAAAUCUGUGGAUUAUGAGGGAAUUUGGAGUGAAGAAUAUGUACUGCAGUGGAGGAUUUUACUCUGCUGCACCGUGAUGUCUCCACUACCAGUUCACUCCUCUGUGCCAUGUACAUUUAGGAGCCAUCUUCCAUAUGGAAGCAGAGUCAGUGAGUGCCAGGGAGCAAAUCUGGCUAUCUUCUAAUAGAGUGAGGUUUAGGUAGGAGGCUGGAAUGAGGCAGGGAAGGGAUCUAGAGCUAAAGUAGUAGAGAAGGGGGAACAUGAGAAUAAAAAAAUGAUAGAAUGAGCUUUUUUUGGUUAUUGUUGGCAAAUAUGGGUCAGCAUUUUAGAACUAUCUUGUACUGUUGCAUGGUCUUGCCUUAUUCUCAUCUUCAGUAACGGGUAGGAAGGGAUUCCACUUCUGAAAUUUAGUUUGGGGAUCCUAAUGGGCUUGGAGAUUAUACUAGACCAUUUAAAGGCUUUAUUCCGUUUCAUACAAUGCUGAAACUUGUCUUUUCUUAGCAUUAUAUAAGUUUAAAAAUAUAAAUUAAUGGUUUCAGACCUAUGCUAAUCCACUUUCUGGUUAUGAAUAGUAGAAUCAAAAUGGACACGUUUCUUUGCUGCCUCAGGGGGAGCAGUGGACACUCAGAAAGGCACUUAUUUGUGCACAGACCUGGGAGAAAACAUCAGUAUUUUUUCACAAAUCUUAACUGGGGGAAAAAAAAAAGUACUUUCUGCAUAAAUUAGAUAAUAGAAAAUCAUGACUAACUCUUGAACACAAAGCUUAUUACUUGCUAUUGACAAGACUGUGGUUAGAUAUUUUAACAUCUUUUUUUCAACGUAAGUGUCUUUCCUAGGAGAAAUAAAACAAAGGGCAUGAUCUAGUAGGAACCUGUAUUUCUGCUUAAAUAGUUUAAGGGAAUGUUACUGCCUUCUCAGCUGAAUGUUAAGUUUUCCCAGCUGAGAUGUUAUAACUGGGUGUGUAUUCCUUAUAUACUUUAGUACAACAAGACUAAAUUCAUGUUAAUAAUUGCAAAAAUCAUACUGAAAGUUAUGUCAGUGAACUAUGCAGUGCAGUAAUGUUAGGUCCUGCCUAAAUAUGCAGUACAUAUUCCUAUUUGAGGAUGGUAUUUUCUUAAAUGUCCCCAAGAGGGUAGCAGACUUUUGCCUCGUGUCCAUGGAACACAAUGGUUGACAUUGCCAGGUAUCUCUUAAUUUGAUUGUGUUUUUAGGGGGGAAAAAAAUACUAUGUCAAUACUCCAAUAAAGACUUGCAGCAUCAUUCUAGAGAAGGAGGCCUGAUGGGAAGUGGUGUCAAUCACUUUUUGCCUGCAGAAAUGUUCAAAGUCUUUUUUUGUGGUUGGCUUUUUCCCUCUAAAUGCCAUUAGAAGGGGCAGUCAGGUUUGAAACCUAUAAUACGUGAUUUCUGAUGAUGAGUCGAAAGUCUUGCUGCAUAAAUUUCCUAGACCUCUGUAGAAUGCAAAUGUUUUCUCUUCUUAUAGAUGUGUUAAGUCUGUGUGAUUGCAAAGACAGAAUCCUAAACCUGAAAUGUGUUCAAGUGUAGCAGCUUAUUCCUAAUUCUGCUGAUGACAAAAAUCCUGUGCUGCUGAUUAGUAAAAUGAAAAAAAUUAAUUUCCUUAAUUGUCAUUGCUGCUAAUUAGGAGUUUUUUGAUGGCGAAACACAGAGGAAAAGCUGGUGGCAUUUGGGGAAAAUGCUCAGGAAAUGGUGAAGAUUGAGGGUUGGAUUGGUUGGAUUUCUGUUGUUCACACCUUGCUAGCACAGGUGAUUUUGAAAAAAAUUCCCCAAGAUGUAUUUUUAAGCAUAUCAACACAUAUGAGUGAUAAUCUCUGGCAGAGAGAUGCUUGUGAAUAUUUUGGAAUGGUUGUCUCUUUCCAUUGGCACAGAUCAUUUUGAAGGAGAACAGCUGUCUGCAGCCUGGCCAUGAAUUGGCCAGCUUUAUCCUGCAAAUAUUUGAACAAAUUAAUGAGGCUGAUGGAGGUGUGAAGGGAUGUGAACCCUGGUGGACGCAGCUGGUGAUGCAUUGGUUAUGGAUGCAGCUGUUCUGAUAAGACUGAGUAUUUUCAAUGUAUUUGUCAAUAAUCACAAAUAUGCUCUAAGCUGAACUGUAAUUCAACUUUCAGAAAUAAAACAAACAGGCCUCUCUUGUUAGAUAUACUGAAGUGGGUUUUUGGUUUUGGUUGUUUGUUUUUUUCUUUUUUUUUUUUUUUGGCAUAGUUUCUACUUAGUAAGAGGCCUCUCAAACAGGAGGUGGUUGAGAAUGAUGAAUGGCUUGAACAUUUCAGGAUAGUACUUGGGUUGUUAUAUUUUCCUUUCUUGCAGAGUUUUGGAAGGAAGAAGUGAGCCAACUUCUCAAGAUUGCCCUUCUGCAUAGCACAUUUUUGUGUCAGUUGAGGAAGUUCACCAUCCUGGGCUGUUCACCUUUCUGUGCUCCUAGAUGAGCACUCUGAGCAGCUGUAGUUCAUGAUCCAGUAUUUAAACUUUUGAAGCCAUGGGAGUAAAGGUCCAGAGACCUCGUUGCUUUUUUGACAUAGCCAUCAACAAUGUACCGGCUGGAAGAGUGGUCUUUGAACUGUUUUCAGAUGUGUGUCCAAAGACAUGUGAGAAUUUUCGCUGCCUUUGCACAGGUGAAAAGGGUACAGGAAAAUCCACCCAAAAGCCAUUGCAUUACAAAAGUUGUCUGUUUCACAGGGUUGUGAAAGAUUUUAUGAUCCAAGGAGGCGACUUCAGUGAAGGAAAUGGCAGGGGAGGAGAAUCCAUUUAUGGUGGCUUUUUUGAAGAUGAAAGCUUUGCUGUAAAGCACAACAAAGAAUUUCUCCUUUCAAUGGCCAACCGAGGGAAAGACACAAAUGGUUCACAGUUCUUUAUAACAACUAAACCUACACCUCACUUAGAUGGACAUCAUGUUGUUUUUGGACAAGUCAUCUCAGGUCAGGAAGUUGUGAGAGAAAUAGAAAACCAGAAAACAGAUGCAUCUAGUAAACCAUAUGCUGAAGUACGCAUACUGAGUUGUGGAGAGUUAAUUCCAAAAUCCAAAGCCAAGAAAGAAGAAAAGAAAAGACACAAGUCGUCUUCCUCAUCCAGUGACUCGGAAAGUUCAAGUGAUUCAGAAUCAUCUUCUGAUUCAACAUCAGAUUCUGAGAGUGCUUCAGAAGAGAAAUCUAAAAAACGAAAAAAGAAACACAAGAAAAAUUCCAAAAAACAUAAGAAAGAAAAGAAGAAGAGAAAGAAAAGCAAGAAAAGUUCAUCCAGUGAAAGUGAAGAUGAAAACCCUGAAGCACAGCCAUUAUCUACUGUCCGUCCUGAAGAAAUUCCUCCUGUACCUGAAAACAGGUUCCUGAUGAGGAAAAGUCCUCCUAAAGUAGAUGAGAAAGAAAAAGAGAGGAAAAGCAGAGAGAAGGAAAGAGAAAGUAAUCUAUCGAAUUCACAGUCAACAUACCAGAGGAGGCUGUUAGUGACCAGAUCUGGAAGAAAAAUAAAAGGAAGAGGACCAAGGCGUUAUCGGACACCUUCCAGAUCCAGGUCAAGAGAUCGAUUCCGACGCAGUGAAACUCCUCCACAUUGGAGGCAAGAAAUGCAAAGAGCUCAAAGAAUGAGAGUGUCUAGUGGAGAAAGAUGGAUAAAAGGGGACAAGAGUGAAAUAAAUGAAAACAAGAAAGAUAAUCAAAAAAGCCCAGGAAGAGGAAAAGAGAGAAAAAUAUCAGACCACAGACAAGUUUCUGAAAGUCCAAGCAGAAGAGGGGAAAAAGAGAAGAAAAAAGAUCACAAAUCCAGCAGUAAAGACAGGGAGACAAGAAGGAAUUCGGAAAAAGAUGACAAGCAUAGCAAAAGCAAGGCCAAGAGAAGAGCUAAAUCUAGAAGCCAUAGUAAAAGCCGAGAGAAAUCAAAAAGUAAAGAAAGAGACUCUAAGCACAGUAGACACGAUGAAAAGAGAGUACGGUCACGAAGCAAAGAGAGAGACCAUGAGAAAGGUAGAGAAAAAGAAAAACGCUAUGAUUCUAGAGGGAGAGAUAAAGAAAGGAGUAGGAGCAAGGAAAGAAGUAAAAGGACGGGCUCAAGAAGUAAUGAACAAGACCAUAGGAAAAGUAAAGACAGGGAGAAACGUAAGUCAAGAAGCAAAGAGCGUGAGCAUGCUAGAGGAAAACAUAGUUCCAGCAGUAGAACAAGGGAUCGAAGCAAAAGCCGAGAUAGGGGUAGGAGAGGAAGAUCGAGAAGCAGAGACAGAGACCGCAGUAGAAGUAAAGACUAUUCCAGAAAUAGAGACCGAGAAGCAAGAAGAAGAGGAAGGUCGAGAAGCAGAGAAAGGAGAGGUACACCAGAUAAAUACAGAGGAAGAGAAAACAGGAGGAGGAGAGAAUCAAGGAGCUCAGAGAGGGAGGAAAGUCAAAGCAGAAAUAGGGAGAGGUAUUCAAACAGAGAAAGUAGAAGCUCAUAUAAGAGGAAUGAUACUGAAAGCCAAAGGAAGAGGCGUUCAAAGAGCCAUGAAAGUAGCAGUCCUGAAUCCAGUAAAGAUAGGAAGUCUAGUAGAGAUCAGGAUAGAAGUCCAGACUCAAAGAAGAGACAGAGUAGCAAAGAGAGAGAAUCAAAAAAAUCAUAUUCACGCAGCAGUAAAGAGAAGGAAAAGACCAGAUCCUCAGCAGAAAAAGAAAUAAACCAAAAAUCAAAGAGUCAGGAAAGAGAUCAUGCCCCUAGUAAGGAUAAAAAGUCUGAUCAUGAAACAAGUCCUGGAACAGAUGACGACAGGCACGGAUGAGUUUGUGGACUUAAUGUUUCCGUUGUCUCAAAGUUUUAGAGACAUUUUGGGGAACGCCUUUUUUUAAGAUGUGGACUUCAGUUUGGUCUUUUGAUAAUCUAAAAUCUGGAUCAUUUGUACUGCUAAAGUUUUAAUAAACUUGAAAUGAAAAAGAAUUAUAUGUGUAAUACAGUGUGCUGUGUUUUAAAUAUUUCAUUGGUUUAUGUAUCCUUCUUAUGUGUUGGCAGCUAGAACGGUAACUUCUGUGCCGCAUUUAUUUUUUACCUGAUGAACUUAGUUUAGUGCAAACAAUGGCUGCCUGUGAAGAAGCUUGCUUCAUGUGUGAAGAAGAAAGCUGCAAGUAUACUCCAUGUCAUCUUAAAGAUAGGAGAAUUUUGCAAGGUGUCCAUCAUUCCAGUGUUGCU